GUCAAUUCACAUUGCAAAACAUCUCAGGACAGAAAUAGAGGCAAACUGAUCAGUGAACAGUACUGAUCAGUGCGUGCAAAUAACGACAUGGCUUCCAAGAUCGCCAUCUCCCUCCUGCUCGCGGCGCUGCUGGCGUGCGCCGCCGCGAGCGGCGCGGCGGCGAGGAGGCUGGAGGAGGAGGAGCCGUCGUCGACGACGGCUCCGGCCGAGGAGGAAGAUCAGGAGGAGCCGAACCACCCGGCCGCCGUCUUCCCGGAGCUGCCGGUGCCGGAGCACGAGCUGCCGCCGCUGCCCAAGGUGGUGGAGCUGCCUCCGUUCUUCCCGGAGGCUCACCUUCCGCCGUUCCCGGAGGUCGACCUGCCGCCCAAGCCGGAGUUCCCCGGCGUCCCCGAGUUCCACUUCCCGGCCGAGCCAGAGGCCAAGCCAUGAUCGAUCACGAUUAAUUACGUGCAAUUAAUUAAUCCGGUGUGAAGUAGAUCGAGUAGAGGGUAUAUUUGAACUGUUGCCGGUGAGCAUGCGGGCUCGAUCUUGUGGAUAGUUAAUUUUCAGCAUGGAUGUGAGUGUAACUGGGUGUGCGAGUUCGAUCGAUGUCGUUGUUUUGAGUCGUUGUGUGUUAAUAAAUGGAUUUAUGAUUAUGAAUAUCUGGUUGUC